AUGGGCAAAAAACACGGAAAAGCAAAGCAGAUUGUCCCGAAGAGCAAAGAUGAUAAGCCUGGUUCGCCGCCAGCGGCCUUUGCAGUCGAAGCUCCAAAGCCAACGCUGAACAAGCGUGGUUCGAAGCGAAAGGGAAAGGCUUUGGCAACCCAGGUUGCAAAACCGCCACAGGAAGCCACAAGUGGCCGAUCAGAGUCCAUCGACGACAUUUUCUCAAAGGCAAAGUCAAAGACUGCUGCCGCCGCACAGCCAGAAGGAGGCAGCAAGCGGCGGGCCCAAACGGGUGAUGGGCAGAAGCAGAGAGAAGUCAAGAAGCCCAAACGCGGUUCUCUAGAAGAUCCCUUUGGACGGUCUAGCGACUGGACAGAUGACGGUCUCGGUGGCAUCUACAACCAAGAAGGGUGGGAGAAGGCGGUGGCACGCCUCAGUGUCCAUUCGCUCACGUCUGACCCCUCAGUCAUAAGCCAAGCUGCCACCAAGACAGAUCGCCCCCGCAUCAGUUCCGUUCUGGAGCUGUCUACACUGGCCAGUGGUGUGGCAAUCAGCGCCAUGGUUUCGGACGGCAAGUGUGGCCCGCCAGAUGGAGCGCAGUACGAGGGCUGCUGGCCGGAUCGAUGGCAGACUCACUUCAGAAUUUCGCUCGAAGGGGAGCCUGCCAGGUCCAACAGCAGCUUGGUCGAUUCAAGUUUCCUGACGGUUCUGUGUACCUGGGACACUGGCGCGGAAAUCGCUUCCACGGCUUGGGGGCACACUACCUUGCAGAUGGUUCCUCGUAUCAUGGUCAGUGGGCGCGGGCCUAUGGAGCUUCGAAGCAAAUCCAGUGUCCAAAAGAAACGGUUAGCUGGUAGCUAUGUAACGUAA